UGAUGACGUAGCAGGAAGUAAAACGCGCCUGAUGAGUGACGGCGUUGAAGCAGCUUCGUAAGAAAUGGAGAUUUGUUAUUAAACACAGCACAGAGUUGUGUGUUUUGUGUUUUGUGUUUUAUUGUGCAAACUUUAAGAGGGAAUCUUUUCAUCUUUUCAUCUUGUUAUUGUUAGUUGUUUGUUCGGAAGAGAGAGAGAUGUCCGGGAGCUUCUACUUCGUGAUGGUGGGUCACCAUGACAACCCGGUGUUUGAGAUGGAGUUCCUGCCUCCUGGGAAACCAGAAUCAAAGGACGAUCAUCGACACUUGAACCAGUUUAUCGCUCACGCUGCACUCGAUCUGGUCGAUGAGAACAUGUGGCUGUCCAACAACAUGUACCUGAAAACGGUGGAUAAAUUCAACGAGUGGUUUGUCUCGGCCUUCGUCACCGCCGGUCAUAUGAGGUUCAUCAUGCUUCAUGACGUCAGGCAAGAAGACGGGAUCAAAAACUUCUUCAACGACGUUUACGAUCUAUACAUCAAGUUUGCGAUGAACCCUUUCUACGAAGUGAACACGCCGAUUCGCUCCACAGCCUUCGAGCGCAAAGUGCAGUUUCUGGGCAAGAAGCAUCUUCUGAGCUGAUUGUGAAAUGUUUCUAUGAGUCGUAAAUGUAAUAUACAGUACAUCAGUUUCAUUCGUCUCCACUGUUGAUUUAAAUAUUCGCACUUAUUCUGUACGUCUUCAAACCCGUGAGAAGCUUUUCCUCUGUUGUUUAUUGUGAGUAGUGUUUACACGUAGUGCCUGCUGUGUUUAAUAAAAAGUCUCUGACCGCGUUUCCCUUCUCGCCGACACACGCCAUCAUCUUCAGCAGUGACAUUUACACCUGAUGAAUCCGAAUCGUGGACUUUAAACUGUAGACACAGUUUUUUUUACACUGAUCAUUUAAAAACAUUAUGAGCACGAUCAUCAGUUUAUCAGUUUGUCGGAUAAAAAUGUAUUAUUAUAUUA